AUGAUUCAGUGCUCAAACGAUAGGCAAAGCUUGAGGCUUCUGAUAGAAUUUCGGAACGAUAGCUAUCAGGGAUACUAUAGCUCUCCCAAUCUCAACACUUCAUUAAUUGGAGAAGGAUCUUGGGAUGCAAAGAGUAAUCGGCUUUGUAUCAUUGCUUGCCGAAUCUAUGAUGCAUGGAGCUCCUUGGAGAAGUCUCAUGUUGGAGACUGCACGACACGGUUGAGCUUAAGAUUCCCGGCAAUCUUGUCUAUCAGAAACACAAGCACCAUUGUAGGAGAAAUUUGGAGUGAGAAGCCUAGGAAUGAAGGUGGUUUCUUUGAUAGGGUCGAGUUCCGAAAUACUGGACGUUAUGGAGGACGAAUUCAACUUCAAGGUUUGAAAUAUGUAUACACGGAAAUGGCCGAAGUGAAGAAAUCAUGUCCAAAGAAGAAUCCUAAGACUAAAAGCAGUAGGGGACACUACCCAGAUGGCUAUUCUGGUAAUCUGGGUUUUAGAAUGUCGAUCAUCAAAGGUUCCAAAGGAAGAAUCGGAUGGGGUUCUUCGGUUCCUCUUGCGGUAGGUGAUCAGCAAGAUCAGAGAUUUCCAUCUCUAAUACCAUCCUCAAGCUCAAAGCCUAAAAGUUCUCGCGUUGAAUCCGAUUCCAGCAGUGGCUUGCUUAAUAUCAGCUAUAAAAUGAGUAUCAUGCUGCGUAGUUCGGAAUUGGAUGGUGGCCUUAAUACGGUUAACGAAUCUUCAAAUGAAUAUUUGAAAACAGAAAUCCGAAUUUCUGCUGAAGGGGUUUAUGAUACAGCAACAGGUAGCCUAUGCAUGGUUGGCUGCAGACAUUUAAGGUCAGGUGACAAAACAUUUUCAAGCCAUUCGAUGGAUUGCAAGAUCCUGGUGAAAAUCAAUUUUCCUCCAUUGAACUCGGACAGGAGAAGUAAGAUCAAAGGAAGCAUCGAAAGCACACGUGAAGAAAUCGAUCCUCUAUCCUUCAAGCCCCUGCAGUUUUCGGGAAGAGCUUAUUAUCGCAGUUGGGUUACGGAAUCAAUUUCGAGAAUGGAUUUGGAGAUGGACAUGUUGGUAAUAUCCAAUUCUCUUGCAAUUAUCUUUGUAGCAUUUCAAAUCCUUCAUGUCAGGAAGCACCGUGGCAUUGGUCCUUUGGUUUCACUUCUAAUGCUUGUUAUUCUAGCCCUGGGGCACUUGAUCCCUUUGGUUCUAAACCUCGAAGCAAUGUUCAUUCAAGAUAGCAAGAGAUCGGUCUUGAUUAGAGGUGGAAGGUGGCUCGAAAUGAACGAGAUUAUCAUUAGAGUCGUUACCAUGGUGGCUUUUCUGCUGCAAGUCCGUCUUCUGAUGCUCUCAUGGACUGCUAGAUGCUCCACUGAAAAGAAAAAGACCUUGUGGAUUGCAGAGAAAAGGGGGCUGUAUGUGUGUGUUCCGGUGUACGUAAUUGGAGCUAUUAUCGCCUUUUCGGUUAAGUCAAGGCAGAAUGGACACCGAACAGUAAGGGCAAGGCAUUCUUGGUACUACAUAAAUAAAAUCAUUUUGGGGAAUUCAAGAGCUUAUGCUGGUUUGAUACUGGAUGCCUUUCUUUUCCUCAAAUCAUCUUCAACAUGUUCCACAACUCGAGAGAACUGGCUCUUUCUCGACUCUUUUACAUCGGAAUCACCCUUAUUACUACUCAACUGCUUGGGACUUCAUUAUUAUAUUGUGUUGGGUAUAUUCUUUGCUGUGAUCAUACACUACCAACAGCGCCUCGGUGGUCAAUAUUUCCUUCCGAAGAGAUUCCAAGAAUCUGUGAUAGAUGAGGAAUUUCAGAUAGAUGAGGAAUUUCCGGUAGAUUCGGAAGAACAAUUGCCAUUGUGA